AUGGAAGCCAUCUGUUUGAGGAGGACGAAAGAGCAGAACAUACUCGGAUUGCCUCGAAAAAUCAUGAAAAUAUGUUCUGUCGAUCUUUCUGCCGAGGAAAGGCAGCUUUAUGAUCAGAUGGAAGUGGAGGCUAAGACUGCCGUUCAGGAUUACAUCUCCUCAGGCACAGUCAGAAGCCACUACAUAGCCGUGCUUGGAAUAGUUCUCCGACUCCGCCAGACAUGUACUCAUAUGGACCUCUGCCCUAAAGUUCACAUCGCAACUCUUCCGUGCAGCAAUAAAGAAGAGCUGUCCAACAACCCUGAGCUGCUGAAGAAAAUGGCGGCAAUACUGGACGGCAGUGAAGAAUUGGAGUGUCCGAUCUGCCUUUCAGCCCCAAACAACAUUGUGAUCACACGGUGUGCUCACAUAUACUGCCAGUCAUGCAUCCUCAGGACCCUCAAGCGUGACAGACCCCGCUGCCCUCUUUGCCGGCAUGAUCUCUCGGAGUCUGAUAUUUUCUCAGCUCCAACAGAACAAAGUAAUGCCGAAAUGGCCUCUUCCGGAGAAUCAUCUAGGAUAACUGCUCUCCUGAAACUUCUAUCAGAAGCACGGGAUCAGGACCCCACAGCAAAGUCUGUUGUAUUCUCCCAGUUCAGGAAGAUGCUGAUCUUACUUGAAGAGCCUCUGAAGACUGCUGGCUUCAAUGUAUUGCGUUUAGAUGGAUCGAUGAUCGCAACAAAGAGGGCUCAAGUGAUCAAAGAUUUUGGUGUGGCAGCUCCUAAUGGUCGUCCCACGGUUUUGCUUGCCAGUCUAAGGGCAUCAAGUACCGGAGUUGAUCUCGCCGCUGCUAAUAGGGUGUACCUUCUGGAGCCCUGGUGGAAUCCAGAAGUUGAUGACCAAGCAAUAAACAGAGUACACCUGACAGGGCAAACGAAAGACGUGACUGUUGUACGAAUCGUUGCCCGAAACAGCAUCGAGGAGCGGAUAUUGGCUCUCCAGGAUCAGAAGAGGAUGGCUGGGCCAGCGGUGUACAAACUAAACAUCAAUGAUAUCCGGACUCUGCUAUCCUUGUGA